UUUCUGUACUACUGUUAUCAACAAACCCUCUUAUAUAAGAACCCCUCUCUCCUUUGCAUUUCUCUUGUGGUUUCUUCUGGUGCUCUUUCUUCUCUCAGUUCAGAGAAUUAAGAAUUCAAUCGGUUACAGAGAGAAGAAGUAAUGGCAUCCACUGCUUUCUUCAUCGCCACCCUACUAACCCUUUGCAUCUCUUACCCUGCAACUUCCCAAAAGAUCGCUUCGCCCCCAUCAUUCGCUCCAGCCCCGGCUCCCGGGCCCCACUUCGUCAACCUAGCUGACCUCCUUUCAGUUGCGGGCCCAUUCCACACCUUUCUCAACUACCUCAACCAAACCCAAGUCAUCAAAACUUUCCAAAACCAAGCCAACGACACCGAUCAAGGCAUCACCAUCUUCGUCCCCAAAGACUCAGCCUUCUCUGCUAUCAAGAAACCGGCAUUUGCCAAUCUCACUCAAGACCAACUCAAGUCACUUCUCCUUCUCCAUGCUAUCCCCAAAUACUACAGUCUCUCUGAGUUCAAGAAUUUGAGCAGUUCAGGUCCAGUCAACACAUUUGCUGGUGGUCCUUACGCGUUGAACCUAACCGAUGCAUCUGGGCUCAUUCGGAUUGGAUCAGAUUGGGCUAAUACUAAGAUCACGAGCAGUGUUUAUUCAACUUAUCCAGUUGCGGUUUACGAGGUUGAUAAAGUUUUGCUCCCUAAGGCUAUCUUUAGUGUUGAGCCUCCUAUGGCUCCCGCUCCUGCUCCCACUCCUGAUGAGAGUCCUGUUGCUGCUGAUGCUCCGACUGGAGCUAAAGGAGUUGCAGGACCAAAGGGUUCGGAUUCUAAGAAGUCUGAUUCUGGUUCUUCUAUGGUGGUUGUUGGGGUGAUGAGCUAUUUGGCUGUCGUGGCGUCAGUGGCUAUGUUGUGAAUUUGUGAAUUGAGAGAGAUUGAGAUAGAGUUGCGCAUGCUUUUGUUUCGUCUGCAGGGUCAAAUUCUUUUCGAGGGGGGUUGUUAGAUGUGCAUGUUUGUGGGAAGAGGAUAUUGUGGUGUUGUGAUAUGGUAAAUACUCUAUUGGUUCAUUCUUCUUUUUAUUACCAUCACCGAUAUGCUCAGGAUUUCUUUUAAUUCUUGAUGGGUUUUUAUUUGGUCA